AUUCACCAGAGCAGCUUUGUGACAGUGGCUGCUUCACAAGGCUUUGCUUUCCACCAUGCCGAGCAGGGCUCAUCCACCUUGACAUUGUGGCUAGGAGAAGGGCCUAGCAGGCUGCCAGGCUAUGCCACCCACCAGCUGGGAGUUGCAGACUAUAAAUGCGUGGAAAUUUCCAGGAGGUCUGGCUAAUCCAGGAGAAGACAUUGGAGACACAGCAGUUCGAGAGGUUUUCGAAGAGACUGGCAUCAAGUCAGAGUUCAAGUCCAUCCUAAGCAUCAGACAGCAACACCAACACCCUGGAGCCUUUGGGAAGUCAGAUAUGUACAUCAUCUGUCGCCUGCAGCCCUCCUCCUUCACCAUCAGCUUCUGCCAGCAGGAGUGCCUGAAGUGUGAGUGGAUGGACCUGGAUGAGCUCGCUAGGACAGAACACACCACUCCCAUCACCAGCAACAUAGCCAGGCUCUUACGGUACGGCUACCAGGAGGGGUUUGAUAAAAUUGAUAUAACCAUGAGGGAGCUUCCUGCUGUCUACACAGGCCUGUUCUACAAACUGUACCACAGGGAGCUGCCCGAGUCCUACAGAAACAUCACAUGAUAGCAACACAGUU